UGCUAAAAAAAGAAGCUGGUGGAAUACGUCGUGAUGAAAAACUGAAUUAUAUGAUUUCAAAAGCGCUAUUACUGGAUUAAUAACUAGGAUUCCGAGAUGAAAAGCUAUUUUAGUGUAGUUUAAGAAGGAUAUUGCGAACGGCUAACACUGGAGGUGACCAAGCAAGGAAAAGGAGUAUUCGUUAGUGGUUAUUAGCAUCUCUAGGAUUAGUUUUGAACUAACAGAAAAUUUUCCAUUAAUUUCAAGAGCAGCCCAGAGUGUUGCGUAGUCAAGAUGAGCGUUAUCAUACGUUUGCAGAAUUUGCCGUGGUCGGCGAAUGCACUAGACGUGCGUAAUUUUUUUAAGGGCUUGUCAAUCCCUGAUGGCGGAGUUCACAUCGUUGGCGGCGAAAUGGGUGAUGCUUUUAUUGCAUUCAGCACGGAUGAAGAUGCACGCCAGGCAAUGAUGCUAAAUGGAGGUAAGAUAAAAGAGGUACAAAUUACGCUGCUUCUGUCGUCCCGUGCCGAAAUGCAAAAGGUGAUCGAGGAGGCUCGUCGAACAACGAUGUCGUUUAUGCAAUUAUCGGCGCAGAGCGUUGUUCCAGCAUCUGCGUCACCAGUUGUGGCAAAGGCACCUGCCAUUCCGGUCACGAAGCCUGUAGUACAGCCACCACAACAGCAACCACAACCACCGGUCAUUAGUUUGUCUGGGUUUUUGGCACAAAACUUAAGCCAGCAAAAGUCGCAAGUCAUACAAACACAGUCACUCUACUCUGAAAUUCCUGGUUUGGGAUUUUUGACUUCUAGUGGCAUGUUUCAACCGAACGCUCCAGCGGCUGGUUUAUUUUCGGCGUUGAGUGCUCAGUCGUAUAGUGGGGCAUCAUCAAAUUCCGCGUUUGCCCAGUUGUCAGCACAAUUGAAAAAAGCAGCUGAAGCAGAGAAAGAUGCCGCCACAAAAAGCAUAGUUACUGGAAGUAGCACAGCGAGCUUGGCAAGUAUUUCAAGUUCGAAAAAGGAAACGGGUGAUAAGAGCAGUCGUCGGAGCAGAUCGUCGUCGAGAGAACGAGACAGAAGACGUUCUUCUAGGGAUCGUUCACGAUCCAGAAGCCGCGAACGCGAACGUAGUCGCCGCAGAAGUGGACGAGACCGCAGUCGCAGUAGAAGUCGCGAACGACGCAGUCGCAGUCGUAGUCGUGAUCGCCGUGACAGGCGUCGCCGGUCACGUUCACGUGAUAGGCAUGACAAUCGCACUAAAGAACGCAGUCGAGAAAAAGAUGCAAAAAUGGAGAAGUCAACGAAACCGAGAGUUUCUCGGUUUAGCGAUAGAAAUGACGCAAUUCCACCUGCCAACGUUACUCCGGUUACUGAACUAGAGCAAGAAACUAAACCGUUUGUUAGCCCAUGGAGCAGUCCAAUCCAGCAAAAUUUAAUGAAUUUGGCCUCUGCUGGAAGCAAGACAAACCCCAUUCAACCAUCAGGUAUUGUUCCUAGUAAUGGAAGUUUGACUUCGUCAACUUUAAACGCUGAUACAUUUGGAAUUAGAACUGAUCAACCGUCACAGAGUGUGCUAAGUAACUUGAAACCAGGGUUUCCGCCAAACCCGUAUCCUGCCGUCAACUACGGGAGUUUUCAGGCUUCGAAGCCAAUAAGUCAGGAACAUUUGACUAAGCUUCAAGAGUUGCACUCAAAAAGGGAUCCUAGAAUGGCUCUUUCGAAUUCCAGCUCUCAGCAGUCCAAGGCAGGACCUGGCAGUGACGGUUUUGAUAGAAGCCAAAUUCAGCAUCAAAAGGGCAAUAAUUUUCCAAUGCAGUAUACUAGCAGUUCCAGCACUAACUCUCGAUCCACUCGUAGCGAUUUUGGAUUCGAAAAAGAUAACAUGGAUCAGGAUGACAAUUCGGAGAAUGAAGAAAUGGGAGGUCAGUCGGUAAAAAUUUUCAACAUGGAAAAUAGUACUGGAUACGGAGAAAUCCGCAGGUUUUUCUACGGGCAGUCUAUUUCGAGUAACGGAAUUAAAAUGAUCAAUGAUCGCAAUGGAAAGAGAACUGGAGUGGCUUACGUAAGAUUUUUGCGCAGAGACGGUAAGAGGUAUGCCCUUUCGCGGGAUGGAAUGCUAUUAAGGAGAGCAGAAAUAAGAGUUGAACCGAUUACUAAUAAGCAAUUUGAGGAUGCUACCGAUUCAUACCGUCCGAGUUAUGAUGAUUCUAAGAACAAUUGGGUCGAUAUCAGCGAUGAUGUUAAAAGCAACAGAAAUAAGGAUGAUGUUAUUGAAAUACGGGACGAUAUCGGCUACAAAUCGGAAAAUAGGUUUGGCUCAUUGGUAGUGUGGAACUUGCCUAAUUUGACAACAGAGUUGGACCUGAUGCGAAUGUUUUCCGAUUUUAGUAUAGUUGAGGUAUUGAUUAUAAAGAACUACAAAAAUCCAAAGCAAAUGGAUGGGUAUGUUAAGUUUCAUCAAAUCGAGGAUGCUCGUCGGGCUUGCGAGAGUACCCAUAGGCAUUACAUAAGGAACAAGCGGGUAUACAUGAAACAGUGUAGUGAUAUUGAGUACGAUGCAGCAAAAAAUGAAUACGAGGCCCCCAUAGUCCAAGAGGACGAAGAUGAGGAUGAUGAAGUAAUCGAACCUUCAGCCAAUGCACCACACGAUAUGGAUGAUUCCGUACAGAUGAUAGAAGAUUCAAAAGAUUCUAAAGAACAUUUGAAUCGCGAUGACGAUAAAAUGGAAAUAAUCGACAAUUGCGAAAGCGGCAAUGUUUCAGUACAAAAUGAUCUGUCUUCUUCAAAUGUUGUUAGUGAUGACCUUUUGUGGAAUAAUUCCAAGGAUUCUUACAAUCAGCGAAGCAAUUCAAAUGAACCGCAGCCAGAGAAAUACACUAGUCGAGAUCCUAGAAAUGCUUUCACUUCGCAACAACAGCGGCUACAUUCAGCAUUGCAGAAGCCACAACCACCGAUGAAUUUUGGCGGAUUCGGGGGAGAUUUUAGUCGUGAUCCUCGACGUAGACCAGAUUUCGCAAAUCAGCGCAAUGUUGAUAACCAGAAUCAAACAGCACCUUCAAACGAUAACUCAAGAGACGGCAAUAGUUUUAGUACUUUUCAACCACAAUCUCAAUUCGACUCUCUUGGCUCUCCACCUAGGUUCGAUCAAAUGGAUGCAAAUAACAGCAGGUUUGUACAGCAGCAGUUUCUGGGAUCAAAAAUGCAAAACAACGAUAAAACAGCAUUUAUUUUGAUCAGUAAUUUGGAGUAUACAAUGCAGGAAUCAACUAUCCUAAAUUUCUUUGAUCGAGAAGGCUUUAAUCCUAAGCAUAUUCAAUUGAUUCGCAAUCCUUUUGGACGGGCAACCGGCGAAUGCUUGGUAGAAUUUGAAUCGACACAGGAAGCCGAUGCCGCAGCGGUAAAAAAUGGUGUUUUAAUUGGGAAACGAAGAGGAUUUAUAAAACAUUUAGGUUCUCAACAAAUGAUGGAUGUAAUGCAACGAAUCAAUCAGAGGGGUGCUGGAACCAACAGUGGUAAUAACUUUAGUAGAGGAAAUAAUGACGGUGCGGAAAAUAAUUACAGUAGAGAAAAUGACUACACCGGUGGAAACAGAGGAGAUAACUUUGCAAGCGACAACUUAGGAGGAAAUAACGGAAGGUUCUUCGAAGGCAAUAGAUUUGGUAAUAGUGACGGCAAUUUCGGCAACAAUAACUACAACACCAAAGAUUCUAGUAAUUUCCAUAGUAGAGGCCCACAAUCUUCAGAUUUUAGCAAAGAAUUUGAUGUGCGAUCAGAGGAUAAAAAUUCUGAGAGUAGUUAUCACAAUAAUGGUAAUCUAAGUCGUGCCGGUAAUUCUGUCCACAACAGUCAAACGGGUUAUCAAGAUGAAAUAGAAGAACAUGAUUUUAAACAGGACAAAAGCCAUGAUAGUAGUGUAGAAAUUGUUGAAGGAAACCAGGAACAAGCUGUAACUUUUGGUUUGAAUAACCAAAAAGACGAAUCAAGCUCUGUCCAUGAUCAAGAUGCCGGAAAAACUAGCAUUGAAGACCAACCUGUUUCCGAAUCCCGUGUAUCUAUUGGAUCUGAGGGUAAUGAACAGGUAAAUGAUCAGAUUUCACAGUCUGGUGAGCAGGUAUCUCGCGAUUGGAAUGACAGUAAUUUCAAAUUUAGUGAUGAUCCGCCACUCGAAGAUCCACUACUUUCUCCUAAGAAACUUAUAAAUGACCGAAUGCCAACGGAUGGAAACAUACUUGCUAUCAGUAAUCUACCCUUCAGAGCUGCGAAUGAGGAAAUAGCUAGACUUUUCGAGGAAUACGGUGUCACGCUGAAUGAUGUUAGGCGGAAAUACCUACGUGAUGGCCGAGCUACCGGUGACGCUAUGAUACGUUUUCAGAGUGCUACAGAUGCCCAGCGUGCACUGGACUCCCAUCAGAAGCGUCGAAUCGGAGGAAGGACCCUGAGAAUGAGAAUACUGGAUGAUUGUCUCAACUAAUACUUUAUCUAUUCAUAUACGAUUCCAACGAUCCGUCUUUUUGCUCGGAUUUAUGUAAGCUAGACAUAGUUUUCUACUUUAACCGUUAGUUUUACAAAAAUAGCACGUAAAUUUAAUUUCUAACGCGUUUCAUCAUUUGUUUUGAAUUUGUAAAUACAUGUGCUGCAAGCAAAAAUACAAACGCCUGUAUUAAAUCAAAUGAAUAG